AUGUUCUCCAACGGAUUCGCUACCGGCGCCAUCGCCUUCCUCAUGGCUGGUGCCCAGCUCGCCUCGGCCCACAUGGAAAUCUCAGAACCUGCCCCCUUCAGGUCCAAGUUCAACCCCCAUGCCACCAACAUCGACUACACCAACACAGCUCCCCUCGCUGCCAACGGUGCCAACUACCCUUGCAAGGGCUACCACUCGGAUCUCGGUACUGCCGCCGGUGCUCCCACCGCUUCCUACCGCCCCGGUGGCUCGUACCAGUUCAAGGUUACCGGCGGUGCUCCCCACGGCGGUGGUUCGUGCCAGGUCAGCUUGAGCUACGACAAGGGUGCCACCUUCACCGUGAUCCAGUCCAUCAUCGGUGGCUGCCCGCUCGCCUCCAGCUACCCCUUCACCAUCCCCGACGAUGCCCCCGAGGGUGAGGCCAUCUGGGCCUGGACCUGGAACAACAACAUCGGCAACCGCGAGUUCUACAUGAACUGCGCCCCCAUCACCAUCAGCAAGAGCGCCGCCAAGCGUGAGAUUGAGGCUCCCAAGGUCGAGCAGGCUGCCGUCCAGAAGCGUGCUUCUGUUGGCUUCUCCUCUCGCCCCGCUCUCUUCGUCGCCAACAUUGAGAAUGGCUGCUCUGUCGCCGAGGGUACCGAUGUUGUCUACCCCAACCCCGGCCCCGAUGUCAUCAACAACGGCGGCAGCACCGGCGCUCCUUCCGGCAACUGCGGUCCCGCCGGUGCCCCCGCUCCCAACCCCGGCAACGGCGGUGGUGAUGCUCCCGCUCCCGCUCCCACCACGACUGAGCAGGCCCCAGUCGUUCCUCCCACCACCACAGCUGCCCCCGUCACCACCAAGGCUCCCGCCUCUCUUCCCGGCGGUGUCUUCAUCACUGUUCCCACUCCUGACAAGCCCGUCACUUCGGCCCCUGUCGAUGUCCCGGCUCCCCAGCCCACCACUCUCGUCAUUUCCACUCGCCCUGCCAACACUCCCACUGCCGCCCCCGCCCCCGUUCCCACUGGCGGUGCUGGUCAGCAGCUCGGUUACCCUGCCGGCACUGCCUGCCAGAACGAGGGCUCCUGGAACUGUCUCGGCGACGGCUUCCAGCGUUGCGCCUCCGGCACCUGGUCUGUCGUCCAGGCCAUGGCUUCCGGCACCAAGUGCCAGAUGGGUGAGGGCACUGAGCUCCUCGUCAACAAGCGUGCUUCUCGCCGCAGCUUCAGGUGGAGACAGGGCUCCAGACUCCAGCUUGCUUAA